CACGCCACGUAAGCAUCAUCAUCAUCCCGACUCGUCCACCUUCAUCCACUUGAGCUCGGCGGGAGUCGGCAAACAGUCCCAAGCUCCAGCUGCAGCUCCACCCGUCAUCCAUGGUCUUAGCCGUUGCUUCUCCCUCGCUGUUCACCCUCCCAACCAGGGGAAGCCCGAGAAAAUGGUUUCCUGGGAAAAUCGCGGCCAGCGCGAGGUCGCCUUCGAGGACUCGCGUGAAGGCGACGAAAGGGGUGUCGAGCGUCUGCGAGCCGCUUCCUCCUGAUCGGCCUAUCUGGUUUCCGGGUAGCUCGCCUCCUCAGUGGCUCGAUGGCAGCCUUCCAGGAGAUUUCGGCUUUGACCCGCUUGGCCUAGGGUCUGAUCCAGAGUUGCUUAAGUGGUUUGCACAAGCCGAACUGAUGCAUAGCAGAUGGGCAAUGCUUGGGGCGGCUGGAAUUCUGAUUCCUGAAUUGCUUGGAAGAUUAGGCUUCAUAGAGAACUACUCAUGGUACAAUGCCGGCACUCGAGAAUACUUUGCCGAUACCACAACCUUAUUCGUGGUGCAAUUAGCCUUGAUGGGUUGGGUAGAGGGAAGAAGGUGGGCUGAUAUGAUCAAGCCGGGCAGUGUCGACAUCGAUUUCAAGCUCCCACAUAUAAAGAAACCAAAGCCCGACGUUGGUUAUCCUGGUGGCUUUUGGUUUGAUCCAGUAAUGUGGGGGAGGGGUUCUCCAGAGCCCGUCAUGGUAUUGAGGACCAAGGAAAUAAAAAACGGACGCCUAGCUAUGCUAGCAUUUGUGGGGUUCUGGUUCCAAGCCAUUUACACAGGCGACGGCCCCAUUGAGAACUUAUUGAAUCACAUUGCAGACCCUGGUCACUGCAACAUUUUUUCGGCUUUCACGUCUAGUUGAUGCUACAUGAAUGAAGGGUUGAUUUCGGGAA